UGGCAGUUGCACUGCCAGCAGAUAUAGCCUCUGCCUCUCAAUUCGCCAUUGUUAAAUCAACCAAGCGAGCAAAUAAAUUGCUCCUACUCCACUAAUACCAUAGAGUGACGGAGAAAGAGAGAACCGCAGAAGACGAAAAAAACCAAAGAAAUGGCGGAGGUGGAGAAGAAGCAAAGUAAUGAUGGACCGGCGAUAGUGGAGGUGAAUCCAAAGCCGAACAAAGGACUGACUUCAAAGCUUGUUGACUACUUGGAGAAGCUGAUCGUCAAAUUAAUGUUUGAUAAAUCCCAGCCUCUCCAUUAUCUCAACGGUAACUUCGCUCCUGUUCCCGAAGCUCCUCCGGUUAAAGACCUUCCUGUCAUAGGCCACCUUCCUGAAUGCUUGAAUGGGGAGUUUGUGAGGGUAGGUCCUAAUCCAAAGUUUGCUCCUGUGGCUGGAUAUCAUUGGUUUGAUGGAGAUGGCAUGAUUCAUGGCCUGCGCAUCAAAGAUGGAAAGGCAACAUAUGUUCGUCGCUAUGUGGAGACAUCACGACUUAAGCAAGAAGAGUUUUUUGGAGGCGCCAAAUUUAUGAAGAUAGGUGAUCUCAAAGGGUUCUUUGGAUUAUUGACAGUUUACAUGCAAAUGCUGAGAGCGAAAUUGAAAGUGCUGGACAUGUCAUAUGGAUAUGGGACGGCUAAUACAGCUCUCAUUUAUCACCAUAGAAAGCUCCUAGCACUUUCAGAGGCAGAUAAACCCUAUGUAGUUAAAGUUAUGGAAGAUGGAGAUUUACAAACUGUUGGCUUGCUGGAUUAUGACAAGAGACUUAAGCACUCCUUCACUGCUCAUCCAAAGGUUGAUCCAUUCACUGGAGAGAUGUUUACAUUUGGUUAUGCUCAUGAACCCCCAUACGUCACUUACAGAGUUAUUUCAAAGGAUGGUGUCAUGCAUGAUCCAGUACCAAUAACCAUAUCAGACCCCAUCAUGAUGCACGAUUUUGCUAUUACUGAGAAUUAUGCAAUUUUUAUGGAUCUUCCUUUGUUCUUCAGGCCAAAGGAAAUGGUGAAAGAAAAGAAGUUGAUAUUCACAUUUGAUGCUACCAAAAAAUCUCGAUUUGGUGUCCUGCCACGGUAUGCAAAGGAUGAUCGCCAAAUCCGAUGGUUUGAGCUUCCAAAUUGCAUGAUAUUUCACAAUGCCAAUGCCUGGGAGGAGGGCGAUGAAGUUGUUUUGAUCACUUGCCGCCUUCAAAAUCCAGAUUUAGACAUGGUUAGCGGAAAUGUCAAAGAAAAACUUGAGAAUUUUACAAAUGAGCUGUACGAGAUGAGGUUCAACAUGAAAACUGGUGCAGCUUCACAAAAGAAAUUAUCAACAUCUGCUGUUGAUUUUCCUAGGGUGAAUGAGAGCUACACUGGGAGGAAACAAAGAUAUGUUUAUGGAACCAUUCUGGAUAGCAUUGCCAAGGUCACUGGAAUUAUCAAGUUUGAUCUACAUGCAGAGCCCCAGCCAGAAAAACAAAAGCUUGAAGUUGGAGGAAAUGUUAAAGGCAUCUUUGAUUUGGGACCUGGUAGAUUUGGUUCAGAGGCUAUAUUUGUUCCCCGGGAGCCGGGCACUAGUUCUGAGGAAGAUGAUGGCUACUUGAUAUUCUUUGUACAUGAUGAAAAGACUGGAAAAUCAUCAGCGAAUGUAAUUGAUGCAAAAACAAUGUCAUCUGAUCCUGUUGCAGUUGUUGAAUUACCUCAUAGGGUUCCAUAUGGGUUCCAUGCCUUCUUUGUGACGGAGGAACAACUUCAAGAACAGGCAAUGCUGUAAUGGUUCAAAGCAGAGAUCAUAUAAUCAUUCAGGUGUCAAAUGGAGAAGUACCAGGAAGCUAAGUUAUAUCCAUAUAGUGUAUAUUUGUUAUUUCAUCAGUGUAUGCUAAUAUUCUGUAUGCUAUUUCCUGAUACACAAAAACCUUGGUGUAAUUUCUGUCAGAUUAAGAAGAUACAAUUUUAGUACCCAAA